UACUCGUCUUUAACCAUUUCUCUCUUAUCCCUCGGCAGAAGUAGUUUGCAUGCGUCGUGUUCAGUUUACGGGAGUCGUUGUUUAUAUUUAAUCGUGAAUGUUACCGGUAGUGUGCCUUCCAUUUGAAGUUUACCGAUCGAUCGAAGAUAGAAAGAAAAAGAGAGAGAGAGAAAGAGAGAGGAAAAGAAAAACAAUAUAUUAUUUGUAUGAAGACAAAUAAUAAGAGAAAUAUUAGAUCGGAAUUUAUCAUUAUUAUUAAUUUUUUUUUUUUUUUUUAAUAGAAUAUGGCAAUAAUAUUUCGAAAAUUUCUAAUAAUAUUCAAUCUUUAUAAGAAGUACAAAUAGACUAACCGGAGAGAAGAUCAUAGUAAGAACGUAUGAAACUUGAAGUCAGUGUUUACCGAUUUAUACGUCGUUAAAGAUCGUUCGAAAUAUCAUCGACGUUUAAAAAAAGAUAUUUAGUUGAUAGAUCAUCUUAUUGAUUCUGAAGUACCAGUGCUUGUGCACACGUGCAUUUAGUGUGAAAAAGAUCUUGACAAGAAUCGAAGGAGGACUUAAGAGUUCAGAUCAGAUUCCAAGAAGGAAGAACUGAGAAGAAGAGAAGAACACAAAAAAGAAAGAAAGAAAAACUUAGAAAAAUAAAUUCCCUCGAUCUUUGCCCGUAUACGUAAAACAAGAAUGUCGAACGUUUCGGGAAUCUCCAAGGAGGAGACGAUCAUAAAAGGGAAGCCAACCCUCGUACGACGAGUUUCCAACAUGUUCAAAGAUGGAAAUUACAGUAGGCCACCGUUACUCUUUAGACACGCUUCGAUGCAGAAACUCCGCCAUUGCUGCCAGAAUCUGAAUCUAUUUCCAUAUCUACUUUACUCUUACGAUAACUCAAAGUCCCAUCCGGUUGCUAAGAAGGUGAACGUUUGCAUCAGCGAAUUGUUACGAAGCAUUGCCGAAAGAUUUUUCUAUAUUUACAAGUAUCUACGGUGUACAUCAUUGUACGGUAAUGGUAACAAAAACAAUAACAACAACAACAAUAACGUCAUCUAUCCAAAGAAAAGUUCGAUCGAAUCGAAGAAAGGAAAAGGCGACGAAGCUGACCUUGUCAUCGACGAUGAAGAACGAAAGCCAAUAGCUAAAUUCCAAAGACAGGAACGUCAACGACAAAAGCAAAUUCCGUUCUUCCUAAUUCUUGCAGUUUAUCUUGUACCAUUGAUAUUAGCCUUCGAAAUGAUAAUAGUUUGUUCUUUAUUGAUAUUUGACAAGUACACGCCGGGUUUCGUCUUCCUAAUAAGCGCCGUUAUAUUUUUAGCAUACAUCGCGUUUAGAAUUUUCUUUUACGAAAGUAAAACUAAGAAAUCUUCGAGCAAUGGAGCUAAUAAUAGAUAUGCUAGGGUCACAAAGAAAACGAAAGUUCAGUGAUCCAUCUUUGAUGAUAAGAGGAUCCACAUCUCAAUAUCAUCAUCAUCAUCGUCAUCAUCAUCAUCAUCAUUGCCGUCAUUAUCAUUAUCGUCGUCGUUACCAUCAUCAUCAUUUUUAUCAUUAUCAUAUACGGCUAAAAUCUUCGUCAGACAGAAAAACAGUUGAAAUACAUCAACGAUGAGACUCUCGAAGGUCUUAGCCAUUCUCGUUUAAAACGAAGCUCCAACGGUCGAUUGCGGUACAGAGAAAGAAAGAGAAACACGCAUAAAAUAGAGAUAGAUAAGUAGAUAGAUAAAUAGAUAUAAAUAGAUAAAUAAAAUAAGCCGUUGCUCUCGACGGGAGAAAUCAGUGAGCUUACACUAAUGUCGAAAUGUUCCUCACUAACUUUCAUUCACGCGUGUACUUUCGCAUUUUGUCCGUUCUUCUUCUUCUUUUUCAUUUUUUUUUUUUUUAUUUGUAUUUUUCUUUUCUACACAAUAUAUAUAAAUAUAUGUGUACACAAAAUUUUAGUAAUCUUUUUUUUCCUUCUUUUUUUUUUUCUUUUUUUUUUUUUUGUUUUUUUUUCCAUAUAAUUAUAUAGUCUCUUUUUAAAAUCAUACGGCACGUAGAAAAUACGCGAACGGCAUCCAUUUUUUUCUUUUUUCUUCUUCCUCUUCUUAUAUUUUAAAUGAGAUGGCUCUGUUACACAUACUACCGUUGUGCAUCGUUAGAGGAUAGGUCGUUGUUAUA